AUGGAGCUGCCCUAUUCAUUAGCACAGAAGCAGAGGCAGCUGCUGAAGGCAACUAACCUGGAUGACAGAUUUUUGCUGCACUUUAAUAUAAACUCCAAAUACCUGGCUGUUCAUGCGAUUGUUCUUCUGGGACAAAACAGCACCAACUUUAGCAUGGAACACACUCCCCCAGAGGCUGCCAAGCUCAAGGAAUGGUUGGAUCAGCUGAUGACAGAGAUUGUAAGCCAUGUGUGGAAGCGAAAACUGGGUCGCCAUGUGCGGGCACUGGUGCUUGAGCUGUGCUGCAACGACAAGAGCGGCAAGGAUGUUGAGGUUCCCUUAUUCAACCCAGCAUCUUUAGAUCAAGAUUGCUCUACAACCACCUCUUCAGAAUGCUCAAACCACUAUGAUGUCCAGGGAAAGCAUCAGCCAUCCUCUGCCAAUUUGGCUUCCAUUUCUGUAGUGCCUCUGUGUUUGAAGAAACACUCACCAAUAUGCAGUGCCCCAGAAAUAACACUCUGUCAGUUAACAGUAAUCAAAGUGAUGAUAACCAGAAUAUUGUCUGUCGAAACUGACUCCCAUGCAAAGGAAAAAUAUAGAGAUGUAAUUAAAAUUCUUCUAAAAUCAUCUUACAUUGAUUCUAAGUUAACAUGUAUGUUCCAAAACUCGGAUAAAUUGUUAUGUCACAUAGCUGCAAAGUGCCUUGGGCUACUUCUAUACUUCCAAUAGGAAAAGGUAACAUUGAGUAAUUCCUGGGUUGCUUUUUGCCAAAAGAAUUUCUCUGAAUACCCUGAAAACGAGAAGGCGGUAUAUUGCCUCUGGACCCUUACUGUUAUAAUAAAAGAAAUCUUUAAAGAUAUAUGUUCACAAGAAACAGAGAUUUUAAAGCAGUUCCUGACUCCUUUUGAUACUAUUUUUGAAGUUUUGUACAAUUCCUUAUUUUCUCUGCAUUUCAAAAGCUGCCAAGACACCUCUAAAAUAAUAAACAGCAUGAUAUGUUCACUGGAAUUGCUUGAACUUCUUAUAGCUUCCAGAAUCCAUCUGAAACUACAUUUCACUUGCCAGAAGAUUUGAUUUUUGAAACUUUCUUGUGUGCUAGAUGUCAUUACCUGGCCUGUUGAGGUUUUUGUCAAGAGGAAGUUCAUCAUAUUCAUCAAAAAGUGCCUUCUCUGGAAAGUGGGUGAAGACCUUUGUCAGGGAUCUGGCCCUGCCCUGAUGCCACCAGACCAGCAUUUAGAUGUAGACAUGUUGGCUUUAGCAGAUGCUGUUUUGCAAGCUGUGGAUUUGGGCUUAUUGAAGACGUUGUCUGUCCAUGGAAAACCUCCCUGCUCUGGUGGAGAUGAAGUUCAACCUGCAUGUGAGUGUGUCCAUGGUCCAGAUCACAUGAUUCUCAGAGCAGCAAGCCUACUUAUCAUUAAAUCCUUAGAAAUCAAGUUUCAAAGUUGUACUUCAGCAAAUGAAAUAAAAUGGAUCUCCAGGGUCUUCAUAGAACAAGAUGAUGACAUGCUGGAGGACCAAGCAUCACUGGGCAUCUACCUAAAGUUGACCAGACAGUGUAAAGCUACUGAAGGCUUGACCCAAGAAAAAGAAAUGUGGAACCAUCACACACAUGAAUAUGGCUACAAUCCACACUGUAUUUUCUUAUUCUUAUUGAAAAAUAUAGGAUUUGAUUCUUCAGUUCUUCUUGACUUUUCGAUUUCAUCAGAAACCUGUUUCCUCGAAUAUUUUGUAAGAUAUUUAAAAUUACUGCAAAAAGACGGGGCUAGUUUUUUCACAAUUUGCAAGUAUUUUGAUGUAACUGAACCUAAAGAUAGUAUAAAUAUUUGUGGUUGUGGCUCGUCACUUGUUCAGGACCGAAGCAGCAACCAAACUGAACUUAGCUUUUGGGCUGCUCUUGGUAGUCACAGAAAUGCCCAUGCUUUGGUCCCCUGGGCUUCUGAUGCUUCCCAGAGUCAGAGGUGA